GGGAUAUAUUCCUUCUCGAGGAGGACAUGCUCUGCAUUGCAAUGAUCCCCCGUCUGAGGACUGAGUCAAGACCCCGAGCCCCACUUCCGUGACGGUCUUCUUGAUCACGAAGGCAUUGCCGGCGGGCAUCUUCUAGGCUCUGCCAGCCUACGUGCCCCCCUGCCUAAGCUAUCGCUAUCAUGUCGCGUCGAAGCGGCGCCAUGCAGUGGAGCUCCUCUCUCUCUUCAUCCGCUGCAGCACGCCCCCAUCGUUCAGUUGCGGUUGCGGCCGUGACGGAUUCCGAGAAGGAGGGCUCGCCCGGCUACCAGCGGACCGUGUGGCGCCCCGUCAGCAAGGGCGGCAGCAAAGCCGACCUCUCCACCUGCACCCCGUCAUCGGAUGCGAGCAACCUCUCGUCGUGCUUCCUGGGUUACAGUUUUGGUUCGGUCGCGGGCAAGGUUGCUGCUGCUGGCGUUGCUGGGGCUGGUGGGGCUGGUGAUGAGUCAGGCGAGCCUGAUUUGACAGAGGUGGAGAGGGAGAGUGUGAGUGAGGCUGUGGUGUGUCGGCUGCUGAGCGACGUGGUCAAGGCCACCAGGAGCGCCGCUGAGGACACCGAGGUGUCGCCCUUCCACUCGCAGUGCGCCCCCAACAUCCUCAUUGCAGAGUAUGUCAGCAAGCGCCUCCUCAGGGUCAGCCGCACACACACAUCCAGCCAUCCAUUCAUUUGUCUCCUCGUUGGUGUGCUGUGCUGUGGAUCGGCCAACGCAUGCAGCAAAUGGAGCUGAGAACGAAUUUCUUUGUGGUUGCGUCGAUUUUGAUCCAGCGUGUGUUGUGCGCGUCGACGAGGGUGGACUCGGGCGGGCUGGGGCCGUGCGAGUUCAACGUCCUCACCGCCCACCGGCUGGCCAUCACCGCUGCGGCAGUGACCAACAAGUUCUACUAUGACAAACACUAUGCACUCAAAUACUGGGCGCGGGUGAAUGAAGACACAAAUGACAUGGCUGACAGACACCCAUGGGGAGGGAGGGAGAGAGGGAGGGAGGGGGGACAGGUGUGGAUGGAUGGAUGGAUGGAUGGAUGUGUGUGUGUGUGUGUGUCAUCAGAUUGGUGGUCUUGACGUGAAGGAGCUGUGCGAUCUGGAGAGGCACUUCAUCAACAAGCUCCAGUGGUCAAUAUCAUAUCCACAUGGCAUACACGUCACGUCUUACACACACAUCACAUCCUUGGCUGGCUUUUCUCCAAUCCAUCAGGCGUCUGAAGGUCUCGACCAAGGAGUACCUGAGGGUGUGUAUCCCUCCCUCCAGACGCCACACACAUUCUUUCGUCCAUAUCCAGCGAGACAGGAGACACCACACCACACACCAUACCAUCUCCGGUGUGUAUUAUGGUGUGCAGGCCGUGGAUCAGUUUCGUUGCCGUGACGUCGGUGUGUUGAUGGCCAUGCCCUCCAUCACCGACACCCCCUCCCCGCCCAUCUGCCACCCACACCAUCACCCCAGCAGCACGGGCAGCUCCAUCCCUUCGCUCACAGCAAGCCCAACACCACUCGCAAACCAGCCCACGCCACUCGCCAGGUACGAUACUUCCGGCAGCACAGAGACAGACACGAAUCCCAGUCAACGUAUAUAUUGUUGCCUUGUCUUGUCGUUGCAGGCAGGUUGGCGUGUUGUCGAUUGCAGCAGGAGCUGCUGCUGCUGCGCCUGUGCACCGCACGGGUCACUAUCAGGACGUCAUCUGCCACUCACCGCCCUACGCCAAGAACAAUCGUACCACCGACGUCGGGGCAACCCAGGACAGGUACCUGACGGCAGACCCACAAUGCACUGUCAAUCAAGGAAAGCCAAACAGGAUCAUUAAGUGUGUGUUUCUGCUGCAUUCAGGCUGCCCUGGCUGUCCAGGCCCACUCUGGCGGCGAGUGGCGUUCAGAUCGCCUCCUCGAGCACCGAGAGCUCCUUCGUGCAGGCGCCGCCCCUGCGACCCCAGGCUGCCGGCGCCGACAGCCUCGCUGCCCGAUGCAAAUCAGUCAAGGAACACACAAACACAUUCGUAAGCUGGGGGGAACCAGAGAGACACGGAGACAGCUGAAUGGUCUCUCUCCUUACUUAAUCAGGCCCUCUUCCGUGAUGCUCAUCGGCCGUGCACCCCGCCGUUGGCGCCUCGCAGCCCCCCCGACUACCUCACGAUGACCGCGCCCUCCAAGCAAGACCGACACCGGCCGUCUCUCGCGCCUGUCAAGGCUUCGACGCGUCGAUAUGCCAAUUCCAGUGGAAGCACGAACGCCCGGGCGCCCGUCAGCAGUGGCGUCAUUAGCUAUCCUCUGCCCAGAGUGGGCGUCAUCCACGAGAGCACCACUGCCGGUGCGUUCCCCCCUGUCGUCCGUCAGCCCCAGCCGUAUGUGCGUCCCCACCCGCCCUCGCGUCAGCAGCAGCAGCAGCAGCAGCAGAGGCAGAUGGAGGCGUUGCCGAUGUUCCCCGACUUCAUCAGUAUCCAGACCAACAAUGAGUGGGGGCUGGACACACACACCCGCCGUCCGACGGCUUCAUUCAGGCAGGCCUCGGUCGAGAGGCGCGUCAGCGGCGGCAGGGUGCACCACGGCGGCCCGGUUGUGUACCCCACACACCAGCAGCAGCAGCAGCAGCAGGGGGCGGCGCACCGGUUGGGCGUGGCGGACCAUUCGCAGAGCCAGGGAGGGCUUCCCGGCAUCCAGACCAGGAGGGGAGGGCAGCGGGGGGCCUGGCCGAGGAGCAUGAUGUACUAGUCGGCUGCCGCCCCGGUCACCCCCGACUGUCGGAAAAAUGAUACGGAUAGAUAGUUAAAGUGCGUGGAUGUGUUGAUCCACGUGGGUGGGGUGUGUGUGCUCUGCGUGUGUGUGUGUGUGAGGGGCCUGACGAGAGAAUGACGGCCUGACUAGCAAGCGUGGCAGCGACAGCAGCAGCAGACGCACCGAGCACCGAGCGAGAGGUGGUAGAUACGGUAGAUGAGUGGAAUGAGGCGGGUGAGGUGAGGUGAGGUGCGGUGCCCUUCACGGACGACAAGUGAAAGAUGCGUAGGCAGAGAGAGGGAGACACUGAUUGAGCAUCAAAACAGAUAUUCUGGAA